AGAAUUCAGUUUGAAUUUAUUAGUUUAUUUUUGUAGAUUAUGAACGAGGCCCUAUAUCAGAUACGAGAAAGGGCUUCCAGAUUUCCCAAUCUGUUUCGGCAAGACUGUUGCAUAUUGGACACUUAUUUCUAUCAAUUUGUUGUCAAUGCAUAUGGCCAAUUACAGUCCAGUAAAGAGCUCAAAUGUAGUAAGAGUCUAAUGAAUUAUGUGAGAGGGGCUACUUCGGAGCUCGGUAAACCUUGGAGGGACUGUAAAUAUUUGUAUCUUCCUUGUUGGACCCGCGACCAUUGGUUUGCAGUUCAAGUCGACAUUGAGGAACGGGCCAUUUUAAUGUUUGAUAGUCUGAAGGGUCACAUUCGCCGAGCAGCGUUGGAAGCUUACCUUUUGCCUCUACAGGUGCUUAUUCCGUUGAUAAUAAAAUCUCAUGUCACCAGUGAAAGCAAAUAUAGUACGGAGAACUUCAAAUUUGUCAACGUAAAAGAUGUUCCCCAACAAGUGAACGGAUCCGAUUGUGGAAUAUUCGCUAUCAAAUUCAUAGAAUUUCUGCACGCAAAUAUGGAUGUAAAUACAAUUUGACCGGAUUACGUACCAGUAUGGAGAAAGAAACUAGCUGCAGAGUUGUUGGCUUGGGAUUUUGAGCCGUAGAUUGUGCUUUGCUCGUAUUUUUUUAUAUUUUUAUAACGUUAUGUAGUCACUUGGUUGUUUUG